GUGCGAUGCGAACGAAGUAGUGAGUCGAUUGUGAGAGUGGAACCGAGUAAGUGCAUCGUCGCCGUCGCGCGUUCUUGGCAAGGGCAAUCCGUAAACUUUAUUUAUCAAUUAUAGCGCGGAUGCGCGGUGCAUAGCGUUAAAUGUGCGUGGAGGAUGUCGAAUCCGGGCGGUAGCAGGAGGAAUGGAGCCAUGAAGAUCCGUCUGACAAUCUUAUGCGCCCGUAAUCUUGCUAGGAAGGAUUUAUUUCGAUUACCUGAUCCUUUCGCUAAAAUAACUGUUGAUGGUUCUGGACAAUGUCACAGUACAGAUACUUGUAAAGCCACGCUUGAUCCUAAAUGGAAUCAACAUUAUGAUUUAUACAUUGGAAAAAAUGAUGGAAUUACUAUAUCUGUGUGGAAUUACAGAAAAUUCCAUAAGAAACAGGGUGGAGGAUUUCUGGGAUGUGUAUGCAUAUUAUCAAAUACCAUUCAAAGACUUAAAGAUACAGGAUAUCAACGUUUAGACUUAUGUAAGGCUCGUUCGGAUGACACAGACGUUGUGAAAGGGCAAAUUGUAGUGUCUUUAAUGUCACGGGAUGGUCAUAAUGGUGCUGUAAGUAAUACGGUCGGUCAUAACGCUGUGGUCGACGUGCUUGGUGAUCUGAGUUGUCCGAAUGAUUUACCGGACGGAUGGGAAGAAAGAAGAACCGGAAACGGUCGACUUUAUUACGUAAAUCAUUACACGAAAAGCACGCAAUGGAUUCGUCCGAACGCUCGGCCUAGCAAUGCUAUUAUACCAACAACACCAGAACCACCUCCGUUACCAUCGUCAGAGCCAACAUCCCCUAGCAGUAGCGCGAGCUCGCCGAAUGUAAGAAAUGAAGAGAGUCCUGCGAGACACACAUCGUCCGAAUGGAAUAACGGAGACGGGACACCUAAUCAAACACCGAGUCGAGAUCACUCGGCACAAAAUACUCCGAGAAAUACACCUACGCAACAGCAGCAGCAGAAUCGCAAUCUGCAGCAGAAUCAGUAUAUAAGGAUCGUGACGCCGCCGCCGCCGUUAUUGUCCGUCACGAGAGAUCGACGCGUCGUUAGAGGAACCGAUGAACAAAAUGGCAAUCAAAACACGAAUGGAAGGAUAGAACGUGGCCCUAACAGCGGGAGUCAAACGCGAAGACCUAACCGUGUCAACAGAAAUAGAAAUAACGUUGUGUCAAGUAGCGACAGACGAACUGAUCCUCCUCAACCGUUGGAUUUACCUCGUGGUUAUGAAAUGAGGAAAACCCAACAAGGUCAAGUAUAUUUCUAUCAUGUACCAACUGCAUAUUCUACCUGGCAUGACCCAAGAAUACCGCGUGACUUGCAAGCUAAUGAAGUGGCAAACGAACUUGGCCCUCUUCCUAGCGGAUGGGAAAUGAGGCAGACUCAGAGCGGACGGGUAUAUUUCGUAGAUCAUAAUAACAGGACAACGCAAUUUACCGAUCCUAGACUGUCCAGUCAAAUCAUAAGCAAACUGUUAAGUAAGAGGCAGAAUAAUAAUAUAAACUGUCAAACUACGAAUAUUGCAAAUAGUACUGUAACAAGCGAAACCACUGAGACCACGGAUACAACGAGUUCACCAACGGCUCAAUCUAAUACACCACAGCAAUCAACGAGAAAUGAAAAUGGAAAUAACAAUAAUUCUCCAACAAUGGAAAGCGCGUCAUCUCAAAAUGCUCAAACAGUGUCAGAAUUACCAAAAGAGCUUAUGGAUAAUGAGCUUCUUCCAAAAUACAAACGUGAUUUGGUUGCGAAGUUGAAAUGUCUUCGAGCGGAAUUGAAUGCGCUUCAACCUCAGAGUGGACAUUGUAGAUUGGAGGUGUCAAGAAAUGAGAUAUUUGAAGAAUCGUACAGACUGAUAAUGAAAAUGCGUCCAAAAGAUAUGCGCAAAAGACUCAUGGUCAAAUUUCGCGGCGAGGAAGGUCUUGAUUACGGUGGCGUGGCACGAGAAUGGUUAUAUCUAUUGUCUCAUGAGAUGCUAAACCCGCAAUAUGGACUCUUUCAAUAUUCAAGAGAUGAUAAUUAUACUCUACAAAUUAAUCCGGACUCUGGCAUAAAUCCGGAACAUUUAUCAUAUUUUCAUUUCGUUGGGAGAAUUAUAGGCAUCGCCGUUUUUCACGGUCAUCACAUUGAUGGUGGUUUUACGACUCCGUUUUAUAAAAUGCUACUCAACAAAGGUAUAACAUUAAAUGAUAUAGAAGGGGUUGAUCCGGAACUACACAGAAGCCUUACAUGGAUGCUUGAAAAUAGCAUAAACGACGUAUUGGAUGCUACGUUUUCUGUAGAACACAGCAGUUUUGGUGUGUUAAAAAAUCACGAAUUAAAGCCAGGUGGCAAAGAUAUUGCAGUGACGGAAGAAAAUAAAAGGGAAUACGUCCGCUUAUACGUAAACUAUCGAUUCAUGCGAGGUAUCGAGCAACAAUUCCUAGCAUUGCAGAAAGGAUUUCACGAAUUGAUCCCUCCUCUAUUACUGAGACCGUUCGACGAGCGUGAAUUAGAAUUAGUUAUUGGUGGUUUGGGCACUAUCGAUAUAAAUGAUUGGAAGAUGCAUACUCGUCUCAAACAUUGCACACCCGAUACACCAGUUGUGCAAUGGUUUUGGCAGAUAGUAGAAUCAUAUGGCGAAGAAAUGAGGGCAAGAUUGCUUCAGUUCGUUACCGGCAGCUGCAGAGUUCCAUUGCAAGGAUUCAAAGCUUUACAAGGAUCGACUGGAGCAGCAGGUCCUCGACUUUUCACAAUUCACGCUGUUGAUGCACCGAGCGAAAAUCUACCAAAAGCGCAUACUUGUUUCAAUAGAAUAGACAUACCACAGAAUUAUCCGAAUUAUCAAAAAAUGCUUGACAAACUCACACAAGCGGUUGAGGAAACUUGUGGCUUUGCAGUCGAAUAAUAAAUUAUGUUCUUGCAAUCUUAUGAUCAUUCUAUAUGCUAGAACAUAUUUAAGCAAUCUGUGAAAACAAACUUUCGUGAUAGAUAACGUUCUGCAGAUUUUGUCAUUUCUAAAGAAAACAUGUUUAUUCUCUAUAUUGAUAAAACACCAAGAUGAAUUUAGAGGAAUUAUAGAAAGAAAGUGUUAUAAGAUAUCAGCGAUAUCUUUUUGACUUAUGUACAAAUAUAAAUGGCCUUGCAAUUGAAUCAUGAUACUGAUCAAUACUUUGCAUAUCGAAUGACAUAUGUCUACUUUUAAAUACAUAAGUUUGAGUAACGAUUUUUAGUAAA